AUGCUACUUCCAACAAAAAUUUCAAGGUCUUUUGGGUUCUCUCUUUUAAAGUCUCGAGUAUUUGCUUCUCCCUUUCGUUUACCCAUUGCCCGAUUCCAUUCACGGCUACUUCCAUCAAGACAACAUGACAAUGUACUUGAAAGCCUUCAAAAGAAAAGUUGCAGCCACCAUGAUCUCGUUGAAAACCGUGCAGAAUGGUUUCCUCGAAAUGCUUCUAAGAACCAAUUACUGAUGAACUGCACGGAAUUUGAUUCUCAAGGAAACGUGAGAGUAAUAUGUGGCGAUUUUAAGAAAAUGGAUUUGUGCAAGCAGAAUGGUUUACUGCCUCGUGACUUACGGAAGCUAAAUACUAGUAUCAAUUCUAUCGUUCCGGUAAUCCUUGUACGGGAGGGAUCAAUUCUAGUUAACCUUUUGCACAUUCGAGCCCUAAUCAAGGCAGAUUCUGUACUGUUAUUUGACGUUUUUGGGUCACAGCACUCCUAUUCCCAAUCGCAAUUUAUAUAUGAAUUACAGGGACGAUUGAAACAAAGCGCCAGUGAUUUUGGGUUUCUUCCCUAUGAAAUGAUGGCUUUAGAAACGAUAUUAAUAAGCGUUGUAAACAAUUUGGAAUCUGAAUUACAAGUGUUGCAAAACCUUGUUUCUGAUCUUUUGGCUGACUUUGAGCUCGAUAUUAAUCAAGAUCGGCUUCGAACCCUUCUGAUGUUUUCGAGACGUCUCUCUGGAUUUCUAAAAAAGACUACUUUAAUUCGCGAUGUUUUAGAUGAAUUACUAGAACAGGAUCAGGAUUUAGCAGGCAUGUACUUGACGGAGCGCCUUCGAACCGGCAAGCCUAGAGAUCAUGAUAAACAUGAUGAAAUAGAGUUAUUGCUUGAAACCUACUACAAGCAAGUAGACGAAAUUGUGCAGCAGACAGAUAAUUUAGUGGGCAAUAUCCGAAGUACAGAGGAAAUAUGUAAUAUUAUGUUAGAUGCGAACAGAAACUCCCUUAUGUUGCUUGGGUUAAAACUUUCUGCGGUCACGCUGGGAUUGGGAUUCGGUGCCAUAAUUGCUGGCAUUUAUGGUAUGAACUUGCCAAACGGGUUUGAAGAAUCUUCAACUGCCUUUUAUUCGACUGUUGGACUGAUUUUUUCAAUGGCGGCGAUCUUCAGUGCUGUUGGGAUUCUAAAGAUUCGAAGUCUGAAGCGAAUUCAAAUGGCGUUUGUUAAUCGACCACUGUCUUCUUUUACCGUUGAGCCUGGAAAGUUACGGCCACCCUAUCUGUAA